AUGGGUUGCACUGGAAAGGAAAAACACAUCCGAGCAAAUCGAAAAUCUCAAUCGGUCGGGCCAGAUAACUGCUGUCGUCACGGAAUUUCAAUUUCCAAAUCUAUCAUAGAAUCAGGCCUCAAGCCGCUGAAAUACCAUCUGGGUCUGGACGGUUCGACUCAAAGCCCUAAUCCCGAUUCGCACCCUAACAUCAAACCUGCUCCUAAUGGCGAGGAAUGUGGCUGGGGUUACUGCACAGAAGAACACUUGGAAGAAAUUCUAUUGAAAAACUUGGAGUAUUUAUACCAUGAAGCUGUAUCAAAGCUUGUUACACUGGGGUAUGACGAGGAUACUGCUUUAAAAGCAGUAUUGCGAAACGGGCAUUGUUAUCAUGGUGGUACGGAUUUGCUGACAAAUAUAAUGCAUAACUCAUUGGCUUAUUUAAAUAGUAAUAGUGCUAGUGAUAAUGCAUGUAAAUGCAAUUUGGAUGAGUCAGAGCCUGUCUUCUCAGACUUGAGGGAAUUGCAGGAGUACUCUCUGGCGGUUAUGGUAUAUCUCUUGCAGCAUUUAAGGCCGCAUUUGAGUAAAGGUGAUGCCAUGUGGUGUUUACUUAUGAGUGAUCUUCAUGUAGGAAGGGCAAACAAAGUUGAAAUCCCCGUGCCUCCUGAGCCAGGCGGUGGCAAUCCUGCUUCUUCUACAGUUGAAGCUGUUGACAAUUCAGUAGCUGUGGUGACCCCAUCACUUUGUAGGCUUCAUGGGAGUUGGGCAUUUGCAAAUAGCGGAGACUCAGAUUUCCCUGCCAACGGAUUAUUUUCUUGUGUUGCAGACAUGACUUUACAAAGAGAUAUUGAAUUCCCAAGGCAUUUUAAUCUUUCUCCUUCUAUGAAGUCAUUGUUGAAAAGAAAUGUGGCGGUGUUUGCUGCUGGUUUGAGGGCAAAUUCAAAACAAUUGCAAACAAAAGCAAAAGCACGUCCUGGCAGUAGUUCCUCAUCUAACUUGGAUUCUCUUCCUAUUCUGGGGACCAAACCUCCAGUUGAGAAGUCAGGGAAUUCUCAGAAUCAAAAUAACCAAGAUGCUCUGAAUUCAGUUCUUAGUAGAUUCCGUGAUCUAAAUUUUGAUGAGAAUUUGGAGUCUCUGGCAGAAGAUCACAAGGAUGAGGUGACUUCCGCUAUACUUCAUCAGAUUAGUGAUCUCGAGAAACAGGUACAGGAACGAAAAGAUUGGGCUUAUCAGAAGGCAAUGCAAGCUGCGAGAAAGCUAAGCAGUGAUCUGACUGAGCUGAAAAUGUUAAGGAUGGAAAGAGAAGAGGCUCAGAGAUUGAAGGAAGGGAAGCAGGCCCUUGAGGACACAACUAUGAAAAGACUUUCAGAGAUGGAAAUUGCACUGAGAAAGGCUAGCGGUCAGGUGGACCGUGCCAAUGCAGCAGUGAGGAGACUUGAAACUGAAAAUGCAGAGCUCAAAGCAGAGAUUGAGGCUUCUAAAUUGAGUGCUUCAGAGUCAGCCUCAGCUUGCUUGCAAGUUGCAAAGAGAGAGAAAAAGUGCUUGAAGAGGCUUGUAGCUUGGGAAAAACAGAAAGCUAAGAUACAAGAGGAGAUUUCACAUGAGAAGGAUAAAAUACUGGAGCUGCAAAAAAUGUUGGGUCGGAUCCAACAAUGUCAGAGAGAAGCUGAGAUCAAGCGGAGGGAGGAGUUGAGGGCUAAAGAGGAAGCCUUAACGCUGAUCAAGGAGGAAAAGCGGUUGAAGGAAGAAGUAGAGGCUAAUAAUAAGGGGAAGCUCGAGGCUCUACGGUUAAAGAUAGAUAUAGAUUUCCAACGCCACAAGGAUGAUGUCCUCAGACUUGAACAGGAACUCUCACGUCUUAAAGCAUCUGAUCAGCCUGCUAAAUUGUACCAUCACCAAUCAAACAGUUCACCUGUGGGUGAGUCCGAGGAUGCAAAGCCCCAGGUAGAGACAAUUGCUAUGCUGCUUCAAGAAUUAGAUAAAUUAGAGGAAAUCUCCAAGAAAGGAGACAACUAUGAUAGGGAAUGCAUUAUAUGUAGGAAAGAUGAAGUGUCUGUUGUAUUCUUGCCGUGUGCACAUCAAGUGAUGUGUGGUAGGUGCAGUGAUGAGUAUGGGAGAAGUGGCAAUGCCCUUUGUCCUUGUUGCAGGGUUUCAAUCGAACAGAUGGUCCGUGUAUUUGGGCCAACUUCUUAGCUUAUAUUCUGGUCCAGAUAUUUGCUGAUUUUUCACAUUUUACUUCCAAUCAUUAGGGUUGUUUGUCUUUAAUCUCUUAAUACAAUGCAUGCUGUGAUAAUUGCUCAUUUGUCAUUAAUAAUUUUUUUUUGAAAUCUCAUUAUAAUU